UGCCGCCAAUUCCAAAGUCUGUUUGGUGUAUGAUCGUAUAAGCACACAUUUUUUGCGAGCUAGUCUUACAAUGGUAGACGCUCAAACUGAAAAUGCGCCGAAAACUGGCUGGAUUGAUAAAAAGUCAAAAUAUUCCCAUAAAUGGGUAAAAACAUGGAUUUCUGUACAACCAGGUGAAGUUUUGUAUUCAAAAUCAAAGACGGGACCAUAUAAGAAGAUAAAGCUCGAUGGAACUUCUAUUACUGAUGUGGAAAGCAAUGGCAAAACCUUUCGCCUGCAGUGCCAAACAUCAAAACGUGAAUACAUCUUUAAAGUUGAAGAAGGGUUAGGUGCUCAAGUUUGGUUAGAGGCAAUCUGUGUUGCCAAGCUUGCAUUGUUUUGAUUGUUCAGUAAGAUCUUCAAAAAUGAGGACUACCAAGGUGGUAAGACGUAAAACGAAUGAAAUCGCAACGGCGCAUUGUACACAAACAUAUUUACGUCGUAUGGUGAAGACAGCGUCUGUUUGUCUGUUGAAUCGAGAAAGUCCCGAAAUUCUCCUGUCUCGCCUCAUGACAGGUGGUAAUUCGUCAUGUCUUACUAUCAUUGUAGCAGUUGUGCACAACGCUAAGUGUGGUUGGUAAAUUUAUCAGCGUAACAUGUAUAACCUUCACAUUGCCAACUGCUGUUUUCAUGGUUAUGGCAUGCCUGUUUGCAGCGAUUCAAUUUCGACCGCUUUCAGAAUAAGGCGACAUAUAGUUUUCGCGUACGAUGCUUCGAAAAUAUGGUUUUGGCUCAAAUGAUCGAUUCUAUCCAGGCAUACAAUUUCGUGGUACAAACACGCGGUGUGAAUCUCUCCACAGUCUAUAGUCUAGACUGUUAAGAGCAUAGUUUUACUAAACCUGUUACUCUCUAGGUUUUAAAUUUCGUUUC